AUGCUACGGCCACUCCAGAAGAAUGUACAGUCGCCACGGACGACAGUACAAUUACCCCAGGAGAGACUACGAGCACAGAAGAGGCCACGGCUACGACGGAAGACACUGUACACCCUGGAAGGGACUCAGAUCACAGCAGAAGAGGACAUGGUCACACCGGAAGAGUCCACGGUCGCAACAGAAGAGACGACGACUAGUGAUACCGCACACGAGAAAGACAGGAUUACCAAGACACACCGGACCAGGAGUAGAUGUGCGCUAACCUACUGCCGCAACACACUCUGCUUUCGGGAUUAUUCUUUGCCAGAGGGGUUGAGCCUGAGCCCCGUGACAAAACCUACCGAGGACGCCGUGGUUGUUGCCUGCCCACCCGCCCCUGAGGCUAUCCUUGCGGCCGUGCAGACUGUCGAAGAACCAGCCGUAUAG